GGAAGGUGCUUGGAAUCUCCCGCUGCACCUUACUCUCUCAGCAAGAGAAAGGUUGGAUUCAGCGUGAGAAAGUGCUUCUUCGGCGUCGCAGGGGAGAAGGCGCCUAAGCGAGGAGAGAGAGUGCUCAAACCGGCGAUGGCCUCUGUAGUCCCAUGUUUCAUUGUUUUCUCUCUCAUCCUCUCUGGAGUUGCAGCUCAUAUCUAUGGAGACCCAAUUGCUGAAACCAUGGCGGCCGUCUCUGGCUACCCAUCUGAACCCACCUCCUGCAGUGAAAACCAUCACCAACCUCUGUUUGUAGACAGAGAAAGCUUGCAACGCCAGAUUGAUGAGCUAUCACAAUUCUCGGAUGCCCCAUCCCCGGCUGUAACUCGCGUGCUUUAUAGCGAGAAUGAUAUUUCAGCUCGAAGGUACAUCAAGGAUCUUAUGAGACAUAGUGGACUCUCUGUUAGAGAAGAUGCUGUCGGUAACAUAUUUGGUCGUUGGGAAGGUUCUGAACCCGAGCUUGCAGGUGUUGCAACAGGGUCUCAUAUAGAUGCCAUUCCUUACUCAGGGAAAUAUGAUGGAGUAGUUGGAGUUUUGGGUGCAUUGGAGGCAAUAAAUAUGCUAAGAAGAUGGGGUUUCCAACCUAAAAGAUCAUUGGAGGUGAUAAUGUUCACUUCGGAAGAACCGACCCGCUUCGGUAUCAGCUGUUUGGGAAGUCGUUUAAUGGCAGGAAGUGAAGCUCUGGCAGAGGCUCUUAAAGUGACAUUUGACAGUCAGAAUAUGUCUUUUUUUGAUGCUGCAAAAUUUGCUGGUUAUGCUAAUGAUGGGCAAGACAUUUCAACUGUGUUUCUAAAGAAAGGAAGUUACUUUGCCUUCUUAGAGCUACACAUUGAACAGGGUCCUAUACUAGAAGAAGAGGGUGUUCCUAUUGCUAUUGUGACUGCUAUUGCUGCUCCUGCUAGCAUGAAGGUGGAAUUUAAAGGUAAUGGAGGUCAUGCAGGAGCUGUGCUUAUGCCUGCUAGAAAUGAUGCAGGCUUGGCUGCAGCAGAGUUGGCCCUAGCUGUCGAGAAACAUGUAUUAGAAUCUGGAUCCUUGGACACUGUUGGCACUGUAGGCAUCAUAGAGUUACAUCCAGGAGCGGUUAAUAGCAUCCCCAGCAAAUCACAUGUAGAAAUUGAUGCACGUGACAUUGAUGAAAAGAGGAGAAAUAUUGUGGUCAACAAAAUUCGUCAAUCGGCUAUGGACAUAGCUACAAAACGGGGAGUUGUUCUAUCUGAGUUCAACGUAGUAAAUCAAGAUCCUCCAGCACAGUCUGAUGAAUCCAUUAUUAAAGCUAUGGCAAAUGCAUCGGAACAAUUGAAUUUGAAUUACAAACGGAUGAUCAGCAGGGCCUACCACGAUUCAUUGUUUAUGGCUAGAAUAUCUCCAAUGGGCAUGAUCUUCAUUCCUUGUUAUAAAGGUUACAGCCAUACGCCUGAAGAGUAUGCCGCCAUCGAUGACAUAGCAAAUGGGGUGAAGGUAUUGGCUUUAACCCUCUCCAAGUUGUCUCUAAGCUAAGAUGAAUUGUCGUCACCUUGCCAGUAGACAGUAGUAGUGAAAUACUUCACAUUUUCAACGUAUAUGAAUACUAGUACAUUAUUUGUAGAUUGUUCAAUAAUUGGCAGCUUUUUAUGGGUUUGUAUAUUAUCUUUGCCCAUAUAUAGUCAAAGAUUACUGGGGUACUCUCUCUCACACACACACCAGCGGCCCACUUACUCAUCUGGUCAUAAUUGUGUGCAUGGUUUGCGGAUAAUUCUGAGGUUAUGUAUAGUGCAUCUUGUGUAAAGAGGCAUGCUCCUUGUAUUGUCGGAUAGUGUAUCGUCUACAAACAGAUACAUCCGCUCACUUUAUCA